AUGACCGCGACGGACGGCAUCAGCGAGAGCAUAGCUCAGGCGUAUAGAAUCUAUAAUGCCUUCCUGGCUGCCGGCUCGCCUUGCGAGCUUAAUAUUGACCACCAGCUGCGGAACAGCCUUACCGCCCGGAUGACCAAAGCUGUGAGUCAGGACGCUACCAUGAUCGACACUCUUCAAGAAGUGAUAUCUCUAUUCGAAGACGCCCAAAAUGCCGUGUUCAAGUUGAUGGACUCGGUACCAAAAUUCCUGAGCAACCCCAAGUAUGAGCAGCAAUUGCGAAACUAUGAGUUUGACCUAGUUGGAAAGGGCCCCGAGCGUGGCUAG